AUGCCCUCCACAUCCCAAUCAAUUACGGCAACCUGUCAAUGUGGCGCGGCCCAGCAUAAUGUCACCAUGCCGGAUACUUCAUCUCCUGUGCCAGCCGUCUUUUGCCAUUGCGACUCAUGCCGGCACAUGAGCGGGUGCCUGUCUGUUACUAGCAUUGCUCUGCCUCCAAAUGUCCCUCCACAAACAGGCUUGCUCGACCGCCUGACGCCAUUUGAAUUCUCCAAGAACCGAAUUACUCACUAUUUUUGUUCAAUAUGCGGCACCCAUAUGGUGGCUCGAGUCCUGCCCAGACAAGGGAGGAAAGACUUUGAAGAAUUAUGGUUCUUCAUGUGUGGUACGAUACAAAACAUGCUCUUGGCUUACCAACCAUGUCAUGAGUUCAUCGCCGACACGAUUGAUGGAGGCAUUGCCAAGUUUCUAUCGUUUGACAACGGCAGGCAAAUAGAGCGCUGGGCUCAGCGUCCUGAAGACGGCCAGCACCUGCCACUCGACUGGUCAUCUCACACUGGCCAGGCUACGCCAUCGCCGCCAGAUGGGACGCUCCACGCGCAUUGUAAAUGCCGCGGUGUUGAAUUCUGGAUUACCCGUCUAUCGACUCCCUCCAAGUAUGCUGCAACUAUCUGCGACUGCGAGUCAUGCCGUCUAAGCAGCGGCAUGGACUCCCGCGUCGUAGGCUUGGCACAGAUUCCCAUUCAAAACAUGAGUCUGGACAGAGAGGGGUGCACUCCUUGCCCGGAAAACUUCUCAUUCGGAACCAUUAAAAAGUACCAGCAUGUGUCAGGCGAAGAGAGAGCAUUCUGUGCCACAUGUGGUGCCUCCAUCUUUGUUGACAGGCACGGAUUGGGUACCCUCCGGAUUGCCGUCGGUCUUUUUGUUUCUAGCAAAGGGGCGCGGGCAGAGGAUUGGUUGGAAUGGAAAGGUAUAGCUCAAGUGGGUUGA